ACUGGCUAAAAGAAGAGUCCCCCAUGAACUGAAAUGAUUUUGGUUCAUGGUGCAAUUUCUUUGUGUGUAUUGUUUUUUUCACUUUAUUGUUGUGUUUAACUGAGUAUCAUUAGCACUUUUUAGGGUUUUGUUUGUGGUGCAUAUGCUUGGAGUUUUAUUUGUUUUCUAAGCUAAUGAAAUGAGCUUGAAUUGCAUACAUGUUUGUUCUGAUCUGGUUUAUCACACCUUCAGCAAUGGUGCUGAACAAGUGCUAUGACAUUCAUACUUGGCUGACAUAAAACCUUUGGUGAACAAAGAAAUCCUCUGGAUUCGAAUGGACUAAAAAGAAGAGGUAACUGUGAAGUAAGACCGAAAUUGUGUCGUACACGGUAAAGACAUGGAUGGCUGGCAUCAAAAUUCGAUUGUUCUAUGAGGGAAACUGACUUUGUGAGAUCGAAUUAUCAGUCGUCGAAGAAAAUGGAUUCGUUUCAGGACACGGUUUUAUUUGGAUAAAAGUUUGAUGGGGUGUAAUUUGCCAGAUUUGGUAGUUUGUUACAAGGAGAAUGGAUAUCAUGUUAUCAAAGAUAUUUGUAUUGAUGGAGUUUUAACAAAGGACAAGUUCUUGUUCGACAGUGGCACAGAUGAGAGUUUUCUGCCUUCUGAAAGGGAUCUAGAUGCUAAACUAAUGAAAGAGAACCCGGAAAUGGAUAUGUCCAUAAACGAUGUUCCGGCACUUCCAGAAGAAAAUCAACCUGGCAAGGAUAUCGACAAUGAAUGGGGUUCGAAGAAAAAACUCGAUGCUGAUACAUGUAUACAGUAUGUUUCCUUGUUAGAAGAAAAUUCCGAGUCUAAUGAGGGGCUUCCGAAUCAAUGUGAUUCUAAAGAUUUGAUUUUGUCAAGGGAAAUGAAUCAUGAUGCGAUGAUGCAAGUGAUUACGGAUGACGUCUCCAAAGAAUUGUAUGCCCUUGGACUGGGAGAGUUAACUAUGAUGUCGGAAAUGAGCUCGGUGAAAACUGAAUCCGUGUGUUCCGACUGCAAAAGUAAUGGAACCGAACAACAGUCAUUUCAGAACUCAAGCGAAAAGGUAGUCACCAGGACACCACCUUUGGUUUCUGCAGUUGAAGAAUCAAACAAUAGCAGUGAGGAGGCGAUUCUAUCAGCUUCUGCUUUGGUUCCUGCAGCUGAAGAAUCUGACCCUGGGAAAGGGGAAGCUACUUUGACCAGUUCCGUCCCGGCCUCCAUUUCCGAGGAAUCAAGCAGCCGCUGCAUUGUUAAAGAGGUAUCCAAUGAUAGCAGACUGGAGGGUGGAAGGAUCACGAGUCACUUCGACUCUUCUGCUCCAGCCAACCACAAAGACGAGUGUCGCCACGAUCUUGAUAGUGAAUCGAAGCCUGAAGGUAGAGUUGAUCAACCUUUUUCGAACAAUCUUCAAUGGGGAAAUGGAGAGUCUAGUUUCUCUCUUGCAGGGCCCGUAACUAGUCUUAUAACUCUCCGGGCCAAUAGCAUAUUCAGGCAAUCUCUCCCUCAGAUCAGAUAGCAGUACAGCAAGCACUCAUUCUUUCGCCUUCCCUAUAUUGCAGCCUGAAUGGGAUGCAAGUCCGGUAAGAAUGGCUAAAGCCGACAGGAGACAUUACCGGAAGCAUUGGCGUUGGAGGCAGUGCAUCCUUUGCUGUAGAUUCUGAAAAGUUGUAUUCAAAUCAUAGGUUAUACAAAUCUAUUAUUCUUAACAAGUUACAUACAUCAAGAUCAUCCUAUUUUAUC